CAGGAGCGUGGCUUUGAAUCAAGAGAGAUGGCAACAGUUAACUAGAUACCCUGACCCUGUGCAGAAAAUGGGGAAAAAAUGGGACGGCUGAUGAUGAUGACAUGUGAGGGCGAGGUGUAUCCUGUAGAAUCUUGUAAAAUUACCUCCACUUUGGGCAUAUGGCACCUGAUUAAGUGAUAACGGGGCUAGGCUUGUAAGGGCCCCAGGGCCAUUAGCCUAGUGAUCGCCUAAUGAUCCUAUGACCUUACCACAUUCAGGACUACAGUUGUGCACUUUAAGAGGAAAACUUAAAAUUAUGCCUCUCAACUGUCUCCGAUCAUGUUGACUCAUAUUUUAUCUCUGUCGCUCUUUAAUCCCUCCUACAACAAAUAGAUAACGAUAAUAAUUAGUUAUAGACUUAUUUUACUUCAAAAGUAUAUCAUAUAUUUUUUAAUUUGUCCAGUUCUUAAGUUAAUAACAGUAAUACUUAUAAGCGUCCCUGGUUGGUUGAGAGCUAUGCUUAAAAAAUCUUAUAAACCUGCUGAUCCUUAUCUCACUAUAUAGAACGGUCGUUAAAGGCAAAUAUAUUACGCUCUACAAUAAAAGAGAGGUAACAGCCAACCGAGAUAGCAAGUCGCAAUUCACAACGCAACCAGCACUCUGCGGGGUUUCAUUGGCGACAGGAAAUUAUGCGGCCGUACGUCUAAAACUGUAACAUAACAGGAAGUGUAUAUAUUACCCGACAGGAAGUAGAUGUUGCUAUGAAGUUUGCAGUAAAGACUUGGGAAAAGAAAAAUGUUAUAUUGUUUAUUAUUAUAUACCCAUAGUGCUAAUUCUAGAAGCUGAAAAAGACUUUGUACUACACGUACAUUUUGGCUUUGCUUGUAUGCUGUAUUUCGGAUCUGUUCGAAUUGAGCACUUUUCCACUUGAGUUUCUGAAGCACCACAGAAUUUUUUGCUUGCAUUUCCCUCCUGCUAACUGUGCCAUCAUGGCAAUGGCUGCCAUGCCAUCUACCACUGCAGGACUGCACCUGGAAGAAAAGAAAUUUGAGUACUUCUCUUCUUUAAAUUCCAUGUCCAGGAAGAUCAUGAUGGAGAGAAAGAAGAUCAUGGAUGAAUAUGGCCCUAGGUGGGAGCAGCUUCCUGCAAAGGAACAGGAUGAUAUCAUUGAUAGGCAACUGGUGAAUCCACAGGUCAAGGCCCGCUAUGCUUUUCACAGAGCCCAGCAAGAGGAGGUUGUCUGCUACCCCACCUUACAGAUUCAGACAGGGCAGAAAGUUGUCCACUUUGGGGAGGAAGACAUAACUUGGCAAGAUGAGCAUUCUGCUCCAUUCUCUUGGGAAACGAAAAGUCAGAUUGAGUUCAGCAUAGCAACCACCUUUGACCAAGGUGGGUUAAUCUUUCAGAGUGAAACAAAGCAACCAGGUAAAACUCCACAGGGUGGUACCCAGCCUCAGAAGGCAUCUAAUUUAGUCCAGCUUCCUAAGACAUCCCUUGGAAACAAAGUUGGAAGCACAGAUGGGCUUACCCCAUCAAGAAAAGAAGAAGAAUCUGCAUUUUGGAAAAUAAGUGCAGAGCGAUCCAAACAUGACAGUGAUCAUUCUGAAUUUGCAUUUGUAAUGCCCAGUCAAAUAAAAUCCCUUGAGAAGGGGGAAAAGCAACCUUCCACUUACCAGAGACAGGAUUCUACUCCUAAAGAUUUGGAAGAAAAUAAGGCUGAAUAUCUCACUGAGAGUAAACCAGAAAAAAUCAGAACCACCAGCAGCAUAGCUUCUGCACUUGAUUGGGAAGCUUCUCCGCCAAGCAAGGCAUCAGUAAGUUCAAUGGAAGAUGUCUUUGUUGGUGAAGCAGUUGUGUCACCUCCCCCAGUGUCUGAGGAAGAAAGUAAGGAAAAAAGCCCAGUGGAAGCAUUGUCUUCAGAUUCCCAGCUUUUCUCACAGAUUAGUACAAGUAAUUUUAUCCUGAAGUCUGGCUUUGAUUUUUUGGACAACUGGUAACUGAUUACUGCUUCACCCAGAGAGAGAGGAAGAAAAAAUACAAGACAUGAAAACUUGUACACACCGGAUUCUCUUAUUACACUAGAUUAAAAAAAUAAUGUUUCAGAGGCUGACAAAUAUAAUGUUCAGUUUUUCCAGGAAUUUUAAUGUGCUUUAUAGUGAUACAACUCUUUGACUGUUGAAGUAACUUCUAUUCACCAAUAUCAUAACUGCUGGGCAUUUUAUAUUUUAACCUAUGCAUCUACAUAUUUAUUUAAUUAAUGGUAUACCUUAACAUCAGUUUGGUGCAUAUAUGUCUUUGUUGAGUUUGUUUAAUAAUGGUUUGCUAUAAAUCGUAAUAUGUUAUAUCUUGUAUUCUUAUACUCACUGAUAUUGUCUUUUGGGCUGUGCCUGAAAAUGUAUUUCAGUACAGUUCCCUGGUAAACAUGGGUAAAAAUAUGAGGGCAUAGAACCUGGCCAUAAUUUUUGUAGCUUACAUUAUUCAUUAAUUUAAAUGCAAUUUAACCUUAUUUAUGUCUGCAGAAGUUAGUAUAACAUUUAAAGCUGUUUUGAGAUGGACAUACUUGUAUGCGUUUGUCUCUUUAGGCAUUGAAUUGCUGUUUUAUUUACCUGUCCCAGUUUGUGGUACUUGCUGUCUGGCAGUGUGUAAUGUAGCAUUCUACAGUAUGCAGAUGGUGACUCCUUUGUGUAAACUGAGGUAACCUUUUUAAGGAGUGGAAAAAAAGAAUACAAAAAGAACAACUUUU